AUGUUUCGGAAUACCGUAAAAACCCUAAUUUCAGGGAUCUUGUACAGUCGCAAAGAUGGCACAACCUCAAAACCGGCACUGUUCUGCUCAAAUGUUCAACCUUCAAGAUUAAGCUGGGAAGUUUCUUCUCAAGUGAUUCUCGAGAAGAAGCUCGAAACAGCUCUCAAAGCUCACUGUAUUGAUGAUGCGUGGGAUGUGUUUAAAGAUUUCAAACGGCUUUAUGGUUUUCCAGACAGUGUAAUCAUGAACAGGUUUGUCACUGUCUUGUCUUACUCGUCUGAUUCCAUUUGGCUUGGCAAGGCUAGUGAGCUGACUCGUUUGGCUUUGAAGCAGAAUUCGGGUUUGGCUAGUGGUGAUGCUCUAACUAAGUUGUCACUGUCUUUAGCGAGAGCUCAGAUGCCUGAAGCUUGCUGUAUAAUUCUUCGUAUAAUGUUGGAGAAGGGAAAUUUGUUAACUUCAGAUGUAUUGAGGCUUGUAGUGAUGCAUAUGGUGAAAACAGAGGUCGGGACUUGUCUAGCUUCGAAUUAUAUGGUUCAGGUUUGUGAUCGCUUUGCGGGAUUGAAUGCGUCGAAAAGAAAUAGCCCUGGGAAUGUAGUGAAGCCUGAUACGGUCUUGUUUAAUCUUGUACUCGGUUCUUGUGUGAGAUUUGGUUACUCUCUCAAAGGACAAGAACUUAUCGAGCUAAUGGCGAAAGUCGAUGUUGUUGCGGAUGCGUACUCGGUUGUUAUCAUGUCUUGCAUCUACGAAAUGAAUGGUAUGCGGGAUGAGUUGAAGAAGUUCAAGGAGCAUAUCGGUCAGGUACCGGCUCAAAUACUUUGUCACUACCGGCAUUUGUUUGAUAAUUUGUUAAGCCUCGAGUUCAAAUUUGAUGACAUUGGUUCUGCGGGUCGGCUUGUUUUAGAUAUAUGCAAGAGUAAGGACUUGUUUUCAGUUCAGAGUCUUGGAUUUGAUUCGGAAAAGCCUCGGGUUUUGCCUGUUGGGUCUCACCAUAUCAGAUCGGGUUUAAAGAUCCAAAUUUCACCCAAGCUUUUGCAGAGAGAUUCAUCGCUUGGAGUGGAUACCGAAGCAACAUUUGUUAAUUUUGCAAAUUCCAAGCUUGGUGUCACAAACAAGACUCUUGCGAAGUUAGUAUAUGGGUACAAGAGACAUGAUAAUCUUCCUGAGCUAUCAAAGCUUUUGUUUUCGGUGGGUGGAUCCAGUUUAUGUGCUGAUGUGAUUGAUGCUUGUGUCGCUAUUGGUUGGUUAGAAGCUGCUCAUGAUAUUCUUGACGACAUGAAUUCUGCUGGCCAUCCGAUGGAAUUGGCCACAUAUAGAAAGGUCUUGUCGGGUUAUUACAAGAGCAAGAUGUUGAGAAAUGCUGAAGUUCUUAUGAAACAAAUGACGAAAGCCGGUCUAAUUACAGAUCCAUCAAAUGAGACUAUGGCUGGUCUACUAGAAACUGUUGAGAAUGACGGUCAAAACACAGAGCUCAGGGCACACUUGGCACAGGAAAUCAAUGCAGGAAAACAAACGAAAGUUCCAAGUAUGCUCUACGAGCUAAACUCGUCGCUCUACUACUUUUGCAAAGCUAAAAUGCAAGGAGAUACCUUAAUAACAUACCGGAAAAUCCAGAAGAUGAAAAUCCCACCAACCCUCCAAAGCUUUUGGAUCUUGAUAGACAUGUACUCAUCUCUUGGCAUGUACCGGGAGAUUACAGUCGUGUGGGGAGAUAUCAAAAGGAACAUGGCAAGCAGAAACUUAGAGGUAACACAAGAUCUGUUAGAGAAGCUCGUGGUGAACUUUCUCAGAGGUGGGUAUUUUGAAAGAGUAAUGGAAGUGAUCAGUUACAUGAAGGAGAAGGAGAUGUAUAAUGAUUUAACUAUGUAUAAGAAUGAGUAUCUUAAGCUUCAUAAGAAUCUAUACAGAAGCUUGAAAGCAUCAGAUGCUGUAACAGAGGCGCAAGCUCAGAGACUUGAGCAUGUCAAAUCCUUCCGAAAACUAGUUGGUAUAGUAUGA